AUGGUGAGGGGUCUGGGAGGUGCCGAGACCCCGGCAUAUGAGGUCGCGGUCACCUUGACCCUGGGGAAGGCCCCCCCGUUCCAAGCCAUGGUCCUAGCAGCGGCCAUCAGGGAAUAUAUCCUGGGCAUCGACGUCCUAUGGGGUCGCUCAGUGGAUACACAGUAUGGCCUGUUUGCAUUCGGUCACCCCUGGUAUGUAAGUGCGGCGCGGGUGUGGGAGGCGCGGACACUGACGAUCUUGCGGGGCGCCCCGCGUUGGGAGCCAGUAGUGCUGCCCCUCCCAACAGCCAUAGUCUCCAAAAAGCAGUAUCGCCUGCCGGGGGGAGAAGAGGAAAUAACCCAAACGAUUGACGCAUUGUUGGAAGCCCAGAUAAUCCGGCCCACCUUAAGUCCGUAUAACAGCCCCAUCUGGCCGGUGCGGAAGCCCGACGGGAUGUGGCGCAUGACAGUAGACUACCGGGAAUUGAACAAGGUGACCCCCCCGCUGACUGCUGUAGUGCCCGACAUGGUUACUUUGGUCGAGCAUGUCGUGGCCACGGCCCAGCCAUGGCAUGCUGUAUUGGAUUUGGCUAAUGCCUUCUUUUCCAUAGCCAUCGCCCCGAGCUGCCAGGAGCAGUUUGCAUUCUCCUGGCAAGUGCGGCAGUACACCUUUUGUGUGCUGCCGCAGGGUUGGAAGCAUUCCCCAACCAUAUGCCACCAGUUAGUCAGUGCCGAUUUGGCCCAAGUUCAGCUGCCCCAGACCCGCCACUAUCACUAUAUCGAUGAUGUCAUGAUCUCUGGCCCCUCCCGCGAGGCAGUGGCUGAUGCCCUGCAUGCUGCCGUGGAGGGCCUGGAGUCGAGGGGCUGGGCAGUGAACCCAAAAAAGAUACAAGGCCCGGCCCAGACUGUGGUCUUCUUGGGCAUCCUGUGGGCGAGGCCAGAGCGCCAGAUCCCCCAGAAGGUAUGACAAACAAUACAGAGCUAUCCCACGCUGCAGACCAAAAAGGAGCUACAGGCGUUUCUUGGCUUACUGGGAUUUUGGCGUGCCUUCAUUCCCCACUUGGCCUUUUUGAUACGGCCUCUACAUGCACUAGAGCGCAAGGCCGUGCCCUGGCAGUGGACACGCAGUCAUCAGACCGCCUUUGAGCUAUGCAAAGACGCCCUGCUUACGCAUGCCCGGCUUCACGCCCCACAGCCGAGGGUCCCCUUUGAGUUGGAGGUUACUACAGUGGCAGACGUAGCCUCCUGGGGACUCUGGCAGGCAGUCAGGAGCCAACAGAAAGAACCCAUUGGCUUCUGGUCCCGGGCGCUGAAGGGGGCGGAGCCCGGCUAUACGCCCUUAGAGAAACAAAUCCUGGCGGUGGUAUGGGCGUUGCAGGACAUCGAGCGCAUUACGGGCCCUACGCCCGUGGUGGUCCACACGCCCAUUCCCCUAGGGCGUUGGGUGAGGGAGGACCCUGCCCAGACUCAGACCGGGGUCGCUCAGAAUGCUACCCACUUUAAGUGGAAGCACUAUUUGCAGCAGCGCAUGUUGCUCGGCCGGCCCUCCAUUUCCACCCCCCAUGCUGUGUUACUGGGGGCGGUUACCUUUGAGCAUGUGCCCUCUCUUACGGACGAGCUGCCACCGGUGGACGAGCUUGUGCCCACCUCCCCGGUGGGAGAGGCACCCCCCGUGGAUCAAUUGCCUGUAGAAGACCGAGAAUAUGCCUGGUUCACGGAUGGAUCAGCGGCAUACACCGCUCAUGGUACUCGGCAAUGGAGGGCGGUAGCAUACGCCCCCUAUGCAGAUGUGGUGGCGAUGCCCUGGGGCACUGCUGGCUCCAGCCAGUGGGCGGCGCUCCGGGCAGCUACGCUUGCAAUUGCAGAGUCCCCGCCCCGGGCAUACCUUUACACAGACAGUUGGCAACUUCUCGACUACGCCCGACAGGCCCCCCUGGCCGUGCGGCAUGUCGACGCCCACACCAAAGCCCAAACCGAUGAGGCUCGGUGGAAUGCAGCCACGGACGACUUGGCCCGAGGGGAAGUCGUCCAACUGGCCGAGCGGUACCACGAGGAGGGGGGCCACCGGAGAGCUCGGGCUACACAGUAUGUGGCCCUACGGCAAGGCACGGCCCUACCCCUAUUGGCCUGCCUUACGGCUCGGGCGGGCUGCACAAUUUGUUCCCGGCUAGCGCCUAUUGCCUUGCCAGAGCCGGCUGGUCGUAUCCAUCGUGCUAUGGGCCCCUGUCAGGAUUGGCAGGUGGACUACAUAGGCCCCCUGCUGCCCGAGCGGCGCUGGCAGUACGUCUUUACAGCAGUAGAUACAUAUACUGGGGUGCUGUUUGUGCAUCCAAGUGCCACCGCAGCAGCAACGACCACGCUGACAGCCUUGCAGCAGCUGUGCUUUCGGUAUGGGACCACCCGGACCGUGCAGAGUGACCAGGGGACCCAUUUUACAGCCCAAGCAGUCAGGACCUGGGCUGCCGAUGUGGCAAUAGACUGGCACUUUCACCUCCCCUAUACGCCAACAGCAAGUGGCCUUAUAGAGCGUCUUAAUGGAUUGCUGAAAGACCAGAUCCGCCGUCUCACACCCACCCACACCCUGCGAGGCUGGGCGGGGGUGCUGGAACAGGCCGUUUGGCUCUUCAAUAACCGGCACUUGGGGGGAGGCCAGACAACCUUACAACACCUCACCACACCGCCCCACGUUCCGGUCCAGCUGCGGGUAGACCUGAAACACACCCCUGGGGUUCUCGAUGCAGCGCAAGGGGUGGUGACCCUUUACGCCAUCUGUUCCACCAUCUUGCAAAGACCUUGUGAGCUGCGAUUCCAGUGA